GUCUCAAUGUUUCCAUUCCUGUUGCUGCACAGAUGUCCCAGCCAUUCCUGGGAUGUUCCAUUACCAGGACACAUUUAUGACCCCAUCACGUCGCCGGUGCUGCAGGAUCAUCGCGGUCGUAAGACACGUUGCUUAAUUGGAGCAUGCAAAGCUGGGCGGUAGGCUGGAACUGAGCUCAAGCAAUGUUCAGGGUUUGGAGUGGUGAAUUUGCGCAUCAAACUGGGAUUGUCCAUUGUGAUCCGUUUUUCAGUGACUGCAGGAUGCUUGCAUGGAAACAAUGAAGCUGGCGAUCAAAAUCAGAGAUAUCGCCGACUCUAGCAAUUGUGUUGGAGGCCAUUGGCAUCCCUCUACCAUUACCCUGCCUUUACAAGGAUAUCCGAGGCUGUUGCUGGUUAUGGCUGAUGUCAUAUGACCACGUUGCAGCUUCUUGUACGUACGGUGAUGAACCUGGCAACGUUUCAGGAGUUGCGAAUUCCGGACUGCACUUCGUUGGCAUUGAGAGUAUACCGGAUAUAUAGAAUCUUCAUAAGAGUAUCCUGAGGGAUGAAAAAGUCGAUUGUCAGUGGCAUGGUAUGGGUAUUCAUUGAGAAGAAAAAAGAUUAUGCCGAUUUUAUCAGGGUUUAGGGCUUUGAUUCCGUGGUGUGAUUUUUGGUGUGCGUUGGAAUCACAGAUUUCGAAGAGAAACAGGAGGAGAUUGCAGCUACGAUUACACGAGCAUGUGGGGUAGGAAGAGAUUUUCCCGAAGCGCUAAUGGAGGCUUCCCAUUACUUCAAUGGUUGGGAUAAAUGCUGUGUGUUAACUUCGUGGGUUGGUACAUAACAGCAGUUUUGCAUCAAUAACGACAGUGCUGUAAGAGAGUUUCGAUGGAGAAAAAGGAUCUCCACGUUCGGCACUUCAACAACUUGCCCUCGCCUGCUGAGUUCGCGACAAUAGAAGAUGGCAACGUGCCUGCUGUUUUUAAAGGAUGCAUAAGGAGCUGGCCUGCUUACAACCUCUGGAAUCCUUGCAAAGGAGGUUUACAGCGCCUGAAGCAUUUGGCAGGGCCUGCCACAGUACAAGUGAUGGCAACAACCUCUGGAUCGAAUUUCUACGGAGACAUCCGCGGCCACGAAAGAAUACCGAUUUCCUUUGAGUCAUUUCUUGACCUAGCAGAUCGCUCCUCCAGGAACGCCGGGGUAAGCCCCUCUUCAAUUGAGAUGCCGGAAGAGUUUGCUUUUAUGGAAUUGCGGGAUCUGCAAUUUUAUCUUGCUCAAGCUGGAAUCUACAGCGAAGAGAUUACAGCGACUUCCGAUCCGCUGAGUCCUUUGAGAGAAGACAUAGAUACCCCCAGUUUUUUGCAAUCAUCGGUGUCUGCCAUAAAUUUCUGGAUGAGUGUGAACGGCUCCAGUUCGAGCACGCACUAUGAUCCUUAUCAUAAUCUUCUGUGCAUAGUAUCCGGGUGCAAGGAAGUAAAGUUUUGGCCACCAUCAGCUGCUCCUUCUCUUUAUCCCUUGCCAAUCUUUGGAGAAGCUUCGAAUCAUAGUAGCGUGGAUUUCGUCAACCCUGAUUUUGCCAAGUACCCUAGGUUCCUUGCAGCAAUGCAGAAUUACCAGAGCGUUAUCCUUCGUGCUGGCGAUGCACUGUUCUUACCUGAAGGUUGGUAUCAUCAAGUGAACAGCGAUGCUGUAACUAUUGCAAUCAAUUUUUGGUGGCCAUCUAAGAUAUCUCUGAAACUCGGAACUCACAUGGACGCCUACCUGCUUCGGCGUCUGCUUGCCAAUCUCCUUGACUGCGAAAAAGAACAAAUAGUUGAGGAUUUUAGAAGGAACGUCGCUGAGGAUAUUACAACUGGGGGAGCUAAGGUGAAUUCGGGUGAUUGUCCCGGCAACGUACAGAAGACGGAUUGUUUGAAAGAACCCUUGACUAGCGUUGUAGGUAUAAAUAUUCUUGCGAAUGGUGAAGGCAAAUCUGGGGAUUCUGUUGAGCUAGCUGCACCUGUAAGUGGAGAUGCUGAAGAUCAGGAGAGGCACAGGGAGAAUCUUACGCUGCAAAAAAAUGCUAGGUCCAAACACAAGCCGAAAAGUCGUAGGCAAUCAAAACAUGUACCCAAAGAAUCAAAAGACCUCAAAACCACUGAAAUGAGUUGCAGAGCAAAGGAAGCUGGUUCCAGUCUCCCGUUGAAGCAAAUCCAGUCUGCUGUCGAAGAAGUGGUUGGACCAAGCACAGCAGGUGCUGAUCAGAACUUGCAUAACCAAAACGUUUCCUCGAAAAGCUUCGCAGAUGCAGAGAUUCAAGCAUUGAGGACACUAGUUUUAAGUGUGUCAGAUAUGAUCAUGGGCAAAACAGACAGAGAUGCAGAUACGAGUACAGAUCCUCAAGGACAGAACCACCAACCACGUGCAGAACCAAUAGCUCGAGUUUUCGCAUCUUUAGACCCUCCAUCGCUACAGCGGAUAUUGCUUGUGAUGUCAGUGGAUUAUCCGAGGACUUUUGAAGCACUGAUUCUGCACAAUUUGUCUCCACUCGCUGCCGAAAUCCUGACCCGAAAAUUCGAGGCGAUGGAUGCUGAGGCUGAGCUAGAUUGGCCUCAAGAGGAAUUCUAUGCACAAAUAUACAGCGUGUUCGACAAUCCUGGUGUGGCCAUGGCGACAUUGGUAGAUAGAAAAGAGUCCUUCGCAGCCAUGGCACUGAAGCGAGUAAUGGAUGGUAACUUUGGUAUCCAGGUUGAUACAGGGCGUCGUUGAGGUGGUGGUUUUGUGUGAAGUAUGCACUGUUUAUUUUGUGUGGUUGGCAGACUUGGGAAAGGGCGGAAUGUUUAUGACAGACGUAUGUGUCAUCUACCGCCAACUGCGGCUGGAAGUUGGACACACCUCGUUCAUGUUGAAUCCGACAGAGGAGGUUUCGUUGAUGAGGUAUGCAGAGUUGUUUAUCAUGCUGUGAAGAACACGCCGAUAAGGUCAUGAAGAAUGCAAGGUUCUGAUUUGUGGGCUGUGGUGUUUGCAUGUGGCUCAAGGAUGGAGGUCGUUUUGACCCAUCCUGAAAGUUCCGAAACCAAGACAUCAUCAUCAAAAGCUGGAGCAAUUGUAGUUUAACGUGAUUGUACGUCACUGUGGCAGUGCAAUCGCAGUGACGAGUUCCGGGUACUCAGAUGUAAUAGCUUGCUGUCUCUGCGUUGUAUUGUGUGUGUGUAUGAGCUGGAUGACCCCCAGAGGAGUGUGCGUGGUGUGAGGAGUUGCGUCUUGGUUCGACAUUGAAGAGUGACGGUUUUGUCAAGUGUGAUGUCCAUGAUAUUCGACGUUGGUAGGCGAUGAAUCUGUCGGACAUUGGCAGUGGGGCUGAGAUUGCAGGUAGAUUAGUAUGACCAAGAAUGAAGUCAUGAGGAGAAAUUACCAGACUGUUCUGCAAAACUGGAACCAGUUUGUACUCUGUGAAGCUCCUUUGGUGACAACAUAGGAUGGGGAACUAUCUGCGGGAGUCGGUUUAUGGACGUGCGGAAUGUGGUAGGGAUGGUAGAGCAUUCGCCCACCAAGAGGAAGUGCUUGUAACUUCACGAGAGCAAUGUCAUUGAGCACUGCUGCAAGUCGCACGAAUGUUGGAGAGUGGAGCUGAAUUCUGGAGUGGCAGUGGCGCUUGGUAUGGGGCAGAGUUCAUGAACAGAGUACAGAGGCAGCAUGGUGGAUGGGAUGGGGUGGAGGGAAUAGAAUGAUGUGUAGAAUGCAGACUUAUGGAUUGAAAUGACGAAAUGAGAAGCUAUGACAGCAAGUUGUGAUAUACAAAAGAAUUGCUAAGAGGUGAAGGAGAGGAUGGGGAAGAGAGGUGAUGUACUGCGAUGCGGUGAGUAUCAGUAUCAGGGACACAACCAGGUUUUGGGAGACCGGAUUAAGAGGUGUAGUCGUGCACGGCCUGAUUUGCGGUAGAAAAGUCUAAGUUUUUACCAGUCAGGAUCAUAGAGGGUUUGGUUGAGGGAUAGGUGGGUAUGGUCUUUGCCUUUGGAAAGUAGGGAGGGGGCUUAAUUUGGAAUCACGGCGGAUAUAGGAACAAACGAAGAUGCUGCGAAGCAAAGGAAUGCAAAUUUAAUUGUGUCAUUUUUUAACUUUUGCUGCUGAGAUCCGAUGUUGACGAGCCGGAUUGAACCCACUUGUGAACUUUGAUGUAACUUAUAACUUAAAUGUGAGACGUUAUUAAUGCAUUGCAACCUA